UCGGCCUCUUCUGUGCAGCAGAACCUUCUCCUCGGUCCUACCUGUUCUCGUUCCAGUCUUUGGUCAUCUCCUGUAGUAUGUCCGCAGUCUCUGGUCAUCUCCUGUACUAUGUCCGCAGUCUCAGGUCAUCUCCUGUAGUAUGUCUGCAGUCUUUGGUCAUCUCCUGUAGUAUGUCUGCAGUCUUUGGUCAUCUCCUGUAGUAUGUCUGCAGUCUCUGGUCAUCUCCUGUACUAUGUCUGCAGUCUCUGGUCAUCUCCUGUAGUAUGUCUGCAGUCUCUGGUCACCUCCUGUACUAUGUCUGCAGUCUCUGGUCACCUCCUGUACUAUGUCUGCAGUCUCUGGUCAUCUCCUGUAGUAUGUCUGCAGUCUCUGGUCAUCUCCUGUAGUAUGUCUGCAGUCUCUGGUCAUCUCCUGUAGUAUGUGUGCAGUCUCUGGUCAUCUCCUGUAGUAUGUGUGCAGUCUCUGGUCAUCUCCUGUACUAUGUCCGCAGUC